AUGCUAGUAGCUGCUGGAGGCAAAUCAGCGGAGAGAAGGCAUUUGAUUAACACACUCGAACGCCUUGGUGUUUCCUAUCACUUUGAGAAAGAGAUUGAAGACCAAUUGGAGAACAUGUUUUCUGCCUAUGACCAUGAAAAUAAUGAAGGCUAUGAUUUGAAAACCAUUGGCCUUCACUUUAGAAUAUUCAGACAACAUGGCUAUAAAAUGCCAAGUGAUGUCUUUAACAAAUUCAGAGAGAGCAAUGGAGAAUUCCAGGAAUCCACUACUACCGAUGUGAUGGGUAUGCUAAGCUUAUAUGAAGCUGCACAUUUGAGGACGCAUGGAGACGAUAUUUUGGACGAGGCUCUCGUAUUUGCAACCACUCACCUUCAGUCCAUUGUGACCAAUUUAAGCCCCACUCUUGCGAAAGAAGUGGUGCAUGCACUGAAGCAACCCCUUCACAAGGGGUUUCCAUUCUAA